CGAACGGGUUCGGACCGGAUCGGGCCGGAUCGGGCCGCCGGAGGGAGCCACUCCAAAGAAGCCACAGCUCCAGCUCCCCCGUCCCCCUAGCCUGCCCCGUGGACUAGGCCGCACCCAGCCCGGCGCUCCCGGGUCACAUGUCUAAGAUGGAGCUGCAGAAACUAGGAGAGGCCGAGAGCCGGGAACUGAUGAACGGGAGUCUCCCACAGGGCCACAAGGUGCCAAUGGAGUCCGGCUACAAGUCCACAGAAGUCCCCGAGCAGGAGGGCUUUCUGCCCCACACCCAUUACCAGAAGUCCUCACAAUUCACAGAUUUUGAAGGGAAGACAACGUUUGGGAUGUCAGUGUUCAACCUCAGCAAUGCCAUCAUGGGCAGCGGCAUCCUGGGCCUGGCGUACGCCAUGGCCAACACGGGCAUCCUGCUCUUUCUCAUCCUCCUGGUCUGCAUCGCGCUGCUGUCCUCCUACUCCAUCCAUCUGCUGCUGAAGUGUGCUGGGGUAGUGGGGAUCCGGGCAUAUGAGCAGCUGGGGCAGAGGGCGUUUGGCCCAGCAGGCAAGGUGGUGGCUGCUGUCAUCAUCUCCAUACACAACAUCGGAGCUAUGUCCAGUUACCUCUACAUCAUCAAGUACGAGCUUCCUCUGGUGAUCAAUACUUUCCUGGAUACGAAGAGUUCCGGAGAGUGGUUCCUGGACGGGGACAUUCUGAUCGUCAUCGUCAGUAUCUUCAUAAUCCUCCCCUUGGCCCUCAUGAAGCAUCUGGGCUAUUUGGGCUACACCAGCGGCCUGUCCCUCACCUGCAUGGUGUUCUUCCUCAUCUCGGUGAUCUAUAAGAAGUUCCAGAUCCCGUGCCCUCUGCUCAGCACACUCCCCGACCAGAAUCCAGGACACAACAACAGUAGCUUCAACGGCACCCUGCCUGUUACACCCGCCAUGAUUAAUAUCAGCACCCCCGAGGUCGAGGAGGCCGUCUGCACUGCCAAGAUCUUCACCGUCAACUCCCAGACAGCCUACACCAUCCCAAUUCUGGCCUUCGCUUUCGUCUGCCACCCCGAGGUGCUGCCGAUCUACACCGAGCUGCGCAGUGCCUCCAAGAAGCGGAUGCAGGGCGUAGCGAACAUGUCCAUCCUUUCCAUGUUCUUCAUGUACGGGCUCACCGCCAUCUUCGGCUACCUGACUUUCUACGGGAAAGUGGAAGUGGAGAUGCUUCAUACGUACAGCCAAGUGAACCAGAAGGAUCUGCUCAUCUUGUGCGUGCGGCUGGCUGUUCUCAUGGCGGUGACCCUGACGGUGCCCGUCGUUCUCUUCCCGAUCCGCAGGGCCAUCCAGCAGCUCCUUUUCCACCAGAAGGACUUCAGCUGGAUCCGCCAUAUUGCCAUCGCCAUCACCCUCCUCUUCAUAGUUAACUUGUUGGUCAUCCUCAUCCCCAACAUCCGAGACAUCUUCGGGGUGAUUGGAGCCACCUCGGCCCCCAGCCUCAUCUUCAUCCUCCCUAGCAUCUUUUACAUCCGCAUCAUCCCCAACGAGAAGGAGCCGUUGAGUUCGCGCCCCAAGAUGCAGGCAGCCUGCUUCGCAGCCUUGGGCUUCAUCUUCAUGAUCAUGAGUCUCAGCUUCAUCAUCGCCGACUGGGUGACAACAGGCAAGAGCAGCGCGGGGGGCCACUGACCCCGCCCGGGCCAGAUUCCGGCUUCCUGUUACCACGGCAACACACCUGGUCCCGCGCCUCUCCUCUCUCCCUUGCGUCAGUACCAUGGGGAACAGGAGUGCCUUUCCACAUCCCUCCCUCCACUCCCCCCUCCUCCAGCCUUCCCGUGCCACCUUCCCAACUGCUGGGAGCCCAAAGAACAGCGAGGCCUCCUCAGGCCCCAUCUCCUCUCCUGGACACGGGACUUGGAUCUAACUUAUUUGUUGUUCUGUGAUCUGGCGGUGGCUCUCACUACUGGGGCCAAGGGGCCUUCGGGGGCCCGGGCGGAGAUGCGCCACUGGGGUAGAAGGCUCUGGAGCCGAGCUGCCUCCCAGGAAGUUGGGAGAAACUCCAGGAGCUGGCUUUUCUGUCCGAGGCCCUACGGGCCACCGCAGCAGGCGGACACCAGCCAGGGCUACAGGACCGCAGGCAGCUAAAGCGUCCCAAGACCCCGCGGAUCCGGCGAAGCGUCCUCCCCGGUCCCCCUGAAUUCAGGCUCUAUGAUAGGGGAAGGCCAAGCCGCCCCGGCUGUCGAAACAGCCCAGGUUCCCGUCCCUCAAAGGGAAGAGGAGAAAACAGUGGCAGUGUUUCCAUUCCCUUCCCGCCGCCCAUCACUCCCCUGCCCCCCUGAACAGGAGCCAUAACCUCUCCUCUUAAGAUAUCCUCCUCGAUUCGGGUCAUCUAAGACCAGAGCCAGCUGCAUCUCCAUCUCACAGAACCUUAGUUCCGUGCUCACCUCAGCUGGGUCCCAGCUCCCCUUCAGAGCCCCCUCACGCACUUAGAGACGCCCAUGUUGCCGUAGGCGGUCUCCUCCUCCCCUUCCCUUUCCUCCAACUCCCCCGCAAGCCCAGUUGAGCCCCAUACCGACUCUGCCCCUGACUCCAGUUGGAUUCCCUGGGUCUGGGCCUCUGUUGUGCCUUUUACCUCGCUGGGAAAAACCUCAGCAUCCGAGGAGGCUGGAAGGCCAGAUUUGCCCCCAUGGGGCCGGGCCAGGGGCAGGGAGUGCCGCUUGGGUGAAGUCAGACUGUGUCUGCCCACCCCGGAAUAGGUAGACCCCCCCCCAAGUUUUCUGAGGCUCGCUUCCCUCUCCUCCCCCUCCGUCUGUGUCUCGCUUUGAUCCCUUUUCUUGGAGUCGGUCCGUCUGUUCGUCUGUUACCCUGGACCAUUCCUCUCCAUUGGCUGUGCCCACGCGUACUCCGUGCGUGUGCUCGCUCCGCCCUCCAGUACUCCAGGGGAGGGUGUAAGGGCUCGGACUCGGGGCCUUUGGCUCACCAAGAUUUUUAUUUUUUGAAACUGAGAAACGUGAUCGUUUUUUAAAGGAAAAAUAAAUAAUGGUGCCUUCAGCGUGUGGGGGGGCACGGGGGUAGUGGGCAGUCGGGCUACGCAAGAUAGCUCAUUUGAACAAAUGCAAAUAAAAGAACA